UUGAAACGCCUUUUCCCUGCUCCUCCCAAAGCAUUGGAGUCAAAAAGCCCCCGGUUGUUGAUAACUUCCAGAAUAUCCCGUGUAAACGUUAAAGCUUCUCCAGUUUUUAACCGACCUGUUCAAUCGAUUAUAGAGCAUAUCUUAAAAUAAUCCGAAAUGAACUUUAAUGUGAAUGUGAGGUGAGGAUUUACGAUAGGAUUUCCCUAUUGACAAAGCUUGAAGCAACAAGUUGCUUCAUCAUGGCUAGUAACCGUGUUUGUUUUUUAUUCUAUUUAUCCGUGAUUUAACCAGAUCAUUUCCUCAUCACAGGACAAAUGGAAUAAUCGGAUGUUAAAUUCAUAAGCCAAGGACCUAGUUUACCGUCGAAGGAAAUACAGGACCUAAUUGGUCAUGAGCAACCUGUUCCUUUCCUUUAGCUAAGACAGACUAGCAGUAACCAACCACAGUGUUCUCUGUCUUCAUCAGCAAGUCUAUAUUUAUUGCAUAUUCAUAUCAUCCGAGCAUCACUGUGUGGGGAAUCAUCCAAACAUCACAGUGUGGACUAUCAUCCAAACACCACAGUGUGGACUAUCAUCCAAACAACACAGUGUGGACUAUCAUCCAAACAUCACUGUGAAUAGUAUCAUCCAAACAUCACAGUGAAUAGUAUCAUCCAAACACCACAGUGAAGAGUAUCAUCCAAACAUCACAGUGUGGGAUAUCAUCCAAAAUCACAGUGAAGACUAUCAUCCGUGUCAUCCGAGUAUCACCUGGAGUCUGGAGGAUCUUCCAAGUAACAGUCAUCCCAGUAUUAUCAUAGUGUUAAGGAUCAUCCACUUAGCACAUUGUGGAGUGUCAUUCGAGUGCCAUCAGAGUGCCAUUGAGUCUCAGUGCCUCCACUUUAACCCUUAACCCCCAGCCAGGGACCCCUUUUGCCCCUGACCUUUGCCACCUAACCCCCGACCCUUCAGGAUGUAUGGUGGCGCACGCUCCGUGUCCAAGAUGGAGGGCAACAACGGCGGCAGCCAGAGCCCCGGCCGUUCCCCCCGCCUGCCACGCUCCCCCCGCCUCGGCCACCGUCGGACCAACAGCACCGGGGGGUGCGGUCCCCUGGGGGGCCCCGGAGCGAAAACCCUCUCCAUGGAGAACAUCCAGUCUAUGAACGCGGCCUAUGCCACUUCAGGUCCCAUGUACCUCAGCGACAACGAGGUCAUCUCCCAGCAGACCCAGGUUUACCCCAACCCCAACCACGACUCCAGCCUGCCCAAGAGCACCAUGACCCUGGGUCGGAGCGGAGGGAGGCUCCCUUAUGGCGUCCGGGCCACCGCCACAGGGUCCAGCCCCAACGUCUGCCAGGGCAGCUCCCCUGCACCCAGCGACAGCAUUGCGUUUGGGGGCGACAGCAUGAGCUCGUCCCAGACCGGCCUCCAGCAAGCGGCCACGGUGCCCCACUCCCUACGCCAAGCCAGGGACAACACCAUCAUGGACCUCCAAGCCCAGCUAAAAGAGGUGCUGAGGGAGAAUGAGCUCCUUCGGAGGGAGGCGGACGUGAAGGAGAGCAAGCUGAGUUCGUCCAUGAACUCCAUCAAGACCUUCUGGAGCCCGGAGCUGAAGAAGGAGAGGGCCUUGAGGAAGGACGAGGUGUCCAAGAUCUUGGUCUGGAAGGAGCAGUACAGAGUUCUGCAGGAGGAGACCCAGCAUCUCCAGAUGACCGUUCAGGCUCUGCAGGACGAGCUGAGGAUCCAGAGAGAUCUGAACCAGUUGUUCCAGCAGGACUGUGGCGGAGGCCGUCCUGGAGAACCGCUGUCUUAUGAACCCACGGAGGAGAACUUCCACCGGCUCCACGCCGAGCACGAACGACAGGCCAAAGAGUUGUUCCUCUUGAGGAAGACCCUGGAGGAGAUGGAACUGAGAAUCGACACCCAGAAACAGACGCUGGGGGCCAGGGAUGAGUCCAUCAAGAAACUACUGGAAAUGCUGCAGAGCAAAGGGUUGUCAGCGAAGGCCACGGAGGAGGACCAUGAGAGGACCAGGAGGUUGGCGGAGGCGGAGAUGCACAUCCACCACCUGGACGGCCUGCUGGAGCAGAAGGACAAGGAGACCAGCUCCCUACGAGAGGAGCUCCACCGAAGGAGCUAUGAAGGAGCCCCUGAAUCAGCCAAGACCAAGGCUCUGCAGACCGUCAUUGAGAUGAAGGACUCUAAGAUCCAGUCUCUGGAGCGUGGGCUGAGGGACCUGGAGGAGGAGAUUCAGAUGCUGAAGUCUAAUGGGGCUCUGAGCACUGAAGAGAGGGAGGAGGAGAUGAAACAGAUGGAGGUGUACCGCUCCCACUCCAAGUUCAUGAAGAACAAGGUAGAGCAGCUGAAGGAGGAGCUGUCUCAGAAGGAGGUCCAGGGGGAGGAGCUAAAGCAGCGGGCUGCGGAGCUGCAGCAGGAGCUGUCCGCAGUGGACCAGGUCAAGCAAGACCUCGGCAGGAAGGACACCGAGCUGAUGGGCCUGAGGACCAAGCUGGACACCCUGACCAACCAGUUCUCGGACAGCAAGCAGCAUAUCGAGGUCCUCAAGGAGUCCCUGACUGCCAAGGAGCAGCGCUCUGCCAUCCUUCAGACCGAGGUGGAUGCGUUGCGUCUCCGUUUGGAGGAGAAGGACUCCCAGCUGAACAAGAAGUCCAAACAGAUCCAGGAACUGUCGGAGGAGAAGGGGACGCUGACCGGAGAGAUACACGACCUCAAGGACAUGCUGGACGUCAAGGAGCGCAAGGUGAACGUCCUGCAGAAGAAGAUUGAGAACCUGCAGGAACAGCUGAGGGACAAAGAGACCCAGAUGAGCAGCUUGAAAGAUCGGGUCAAGUCCCUCCAGACAGACACCUCCAACACUGAUACAGCCCUCAGCACCCUGGAGGAGUCCUUGGCUGAGAAGGAGCGUAUCAUUGAGCGUCUGAAGGAGCAGAGAGACAGGGACGACAGAGAGAAGACAGAGGAGAUGGACUCCCACAAGAGAGAGCUGAAGGUGCUGAGAGAGAAGCUCACCCUGCUGCAGGGAGACCUGUCGGAAAGAGAGACCAGCCUGUUAGACCUAAAGGAGCAUGCUUCUUCGUUAGCGUCCUCCGGUCUGAAGAAGGAUUCCAAACUGAAGAGUCUGGAGAUUGCUCUGGAGCAGAAGAAAGAGGAGUGUGUGAAGAUGGAGAACCAGCUCAAGAAGGCCCAGAAUGCCACAUUGGAGGCCCAGGCCAACACAGAGCUGUCCGAACGCAUCGCCACUCUGGAACAGGAAGUAACUCGGCACAGAGAGGAUUCUGGGAGGGCGCAGGCGGAGGUGGAUCGGCUGCUGGAGAUCCUCAGGGAGAUGGAGAAUGAGAAAAAUGACAAGGACAAGAAGAUCAAUGAAUUGGAGAAUUUCGCUUCAAGGCAGAUGAAGGACCAGACCAAGAAGGUGGCCAGUCUGAAGCACAAAGAGCAAGUGGAGAAGAGCAAGAAUGCCCAGCUGAUGGAGGAGGUCAGGAAGAGAGAGGACAACCUGAAUGAGAGCUCCCAACAGGUUAAGGACUCCCUGCGUCAGAAGGACGAGCGUAUAGAGGAGUUGGAGGAGGCGCUGAGAGAGAGUGUCCAGAUUACCGCUGAGAGAGAGAUGGUGUUGGCACAAGAAGAGACCGCCCGUACACACGCAGAGAAACAGCGAUGCUUGCAUGACUCCGACUACGCCGGCUUAAAGUGGUGCAAGAUGGAGGAGCUUCUUGCGGCCAUGGAGAAGGUGAAGCAGGAGCUGGACUCAAUGCAGGCCAGACUGACCUCCACCCAGCAGUCCCUGGCAGAGAAGGAGGCCCACCUGACGACGCUACGGGCCGAACGAAGGAGACACCUGGAGGAGGUGCUGGAGAUGAAACAGGAGGCGCUGUUAGCUGCCAUCAGCGAGAAGGACGCAAACAUCGCCCUGCUCGAGCUGUCCUCAUCCAAGAAGAAGAAGACGCAGGACGAGGUGGCCAUGCUGAAGAGAGAGAAGGACAGACUGGUGCAACAGCUCAAGCAGCAGACUCAGAACCGCAUGAAGUUGAUGGCCGAUAACUAUGAGGAUGAACACCUGAAGGCCUCGUCACAAUCUGACCAGACCAACCACAAACCCUCCCCAGAUCAGAUCAUCCCUCCUCUUCUGGACCUGAAUCAGAACCGUAGUAAGCUAAAGUUGUAUAUCGGUCACCUGAGAGACCUGUGUCACGAGAGAGACCCCCAGAUUCUGCAGGGCCUGACCCCCCCCUCCUCCUAUCACCGCUCUCAACACGCCGCCUGGGAGACAGAGCUACUCAGCAUGACCCCAGAGCAGUUGGAGUCGGAGAUGGAGGCCUGCGAGAGGGAGAGCACGGAGCUCCAGGACUACGCCAACUGUGUCCUGCAGCAGAUCGCUGACCACUGCCCCGACAUCCUGGAGCAGGUGGUCAACGCCCUGGAGGAGUCGUGAUGACCGUGCAAUGGCCGUGUGCCGUCUGGCGGAGAGAGUGAUGGAGAGAGAGAGAGAGAGAGAUGGAGGCUCCAUGUAUUCCCGUCCUUUAUUCCUGCCUGUCUCCCGUUCUCUCUUGGGACGGAUGACUGAUUUAUAGACAGUGAUUGGUACAACAAUCCUUUCUCUGGGUCUGAACUGGUUUGAUUGAGAAGGGCUUUUUGAACCUCUCCUGAGCGAUGGAUCUGGAGUCGUGGUAAACAUGUUUAGCUUCGGAAGGAUUCUUCCAAGACAAAAAAAGACAUUCGUUAAUUAUUUCUUUCCUGGAUUAUUAUUAAAAUGGCAAAUAUCAGGGUCGUCCCUCCAAAAUAACGAUUCUGUGGGUCCAGUUGAGUGAAAGGGUUGAGAAUGGUGUUUUUUUUUUGUCCUGGUUUCAUAAAGAAUUGCUUGUCCAUGUGUCACUGAGGUGUGGUCAACCCUUCGAUGCCGUGAAGAGGUCAAUGGAAUUCGACCAAAACCACAGGAAUGUUGUGGAAACGACCCUGAAUCUCCUCAUUAAUCUCCAGCAGCAUCAACCAACUAUUUUCUCAAUGUAUAAUAUCAAACUAUGUUGAGGUAAGAAUUGGAAAACAAGGCUUGUUAACCCAAAAUGUGUCCUCGUCAUCAUCUCCUAUCCACUGAGUCUCAGCUAAAAACGACUGACUGCCACCACAAUUCUGUAUGCUAGCUAGGCUACCAGCUUAGACGCAGCAUUUAGCACUAUUUCUAAAUGUUACGCGGAAAAAUCUGACACCACAUUGUUGGCCCCCCUGUAAGAGAUAAAACACUGCGUUUUACAUGGGGUUUGUUAGAUCAGGGUUUUUGGCCUUGCGUCUUCCCAUCCCCACGGCCUGCGUUCCAUGGACCUCUUCACCGCGUCUAAACCGCCCAACGUUGAAUCCCUGAUGUGACAGGGAGAUUGUAAGGCCAAUGGGCUCUAAAAAAGUGAAACACCGGUUACCAAGGGAUACCACGGUGUUUCCCUUGUUUUUGGCAACCGGUCACCAUGGGCCUUUAUUUUGCAAUGUUCUGAGUAGUCCAGUCUGAGUGUUCUUAUGCCAUUAGAAUAUUACAGCUUUCGCUUAUGUCCUGUACAUCUGAGAUCUGGGAAUAUGGAUUUAAAUUGCCUUUGACUAUAACAUGAGGAUGUCGUCUUUCUUUUUGCUGCUGCUGUCUUUGCUUUUCCAGUGCUGGACAGUUUUUGUUGUUUGUGAUUAUGACAGUUUUUUAAUUUGAUCCAUCCGUCUUGCAAAAUUUUGGCAUCUGUUGAAAGGCUCAAAUGAUGCGUGAUCCAAAUGUCAACGUAUGUUCUUUGUAGUGCACUGCCUUUGGCCGGGAGUACCACAACGGGCGCAGCCAUAAUGUGGGUGCAAACGGGGAAUAACUAUACCGGGGAGUCUUCUGGCCUGCUGAAAACCACGGGAAGGCUACGGCCCAAAUCCAACCCUAUUCCCUAUUCAGUGCCCUACUCUUGGUCACAACUCGUCCACUCGAGUGACUAGGGUACCACCCGUCUUGUCACACGGGACUUCCUGCAGUGGUCAGAGCUCUUAGCCCACCUCUAGGGUGCGGUGGAUUGUGUUUAGCCGAGCAAGCUCAUGGACCCCCCAGACGAUUCCGAGGCCUAACGAGACCAUGUAGGCGGUGUGUCUGGACACUGCGUGACCUCCUGUGGGAUGUGAUGUCACUGCACCUGCCUUUUCACCUGACAAUCAGUUACCCAGGUACCCUUUUUCUUCUCCCAGUUUGGUUCUGUCAGUCCUACUAGACACAGGGGUCAUGGAGCUGUUUCCUGGGGGGGGGUCUUUAGUUGGAGAAGUGGCUUAUGUGGCUUGUCAAAAACAUCCUUUCUCUCGCUCUCUCUCUCUCAUCCUCCCUCUUUCUCUCUUUCUCCCUCACCCCUCUCUCUUCCUCUUUCUUUUCC